UUAAGACCAAUGAACUGGGGGUAAAUAAUCUCCACGGGAGCGUUUACUCGGCGAAAACCGACUCUUUGUCUCGCUGUGGGAUUUGUUUUCUACACCUCUGGAGGCUGAAGACGAUGUCUGUCCGGGGAUACUUUGUCGCUUUUUACAAAUGCACAGUUCUUCUCUCUCUGAGGAUUUUGCUUCUUGUGCCUGCAGGGUUGCCUGUCCGCAGCCAAGGGGAUUCUCAUUCCGACAACAAAGUGAUGGACAAUAUCACUGUCCGACAAGGAGAGACGGUCUUUCUCAGGUGUGCACAGGGGGAAGUUGUCACACACACAGCAUGGCUGAACCGGUCGAGUAUACUGUACGCCGGAGAAGAUAAAUGGUCGGUGGAUCCCAGAGUGAGUCUGGUGACCCUCAAUCAAGAGGAGUUUACCAUCAAGAUUGAAAACGUGGACAUGACAGAUGAGGGGCAGUAUGUGUGCGCGGUCCAGACAAGCAGUCGACCAAGAACCACCUCUGUUCACAUCCUCGUCCAAGUACCACCAAAAAUCAUCAACCUGUCAAGAGAUAUUGUGGUGAAUGAAGGCUCCAAUGUCACCCUGAUGUGCCAAGCCAGUGGUAAACCAGAGCCUUCUAUCAGCUGGAAGCUCAUCUCCCCCUCAGGGGACCUGGCGUCAGAUGACGAGUACCUGGAAAUCCCAUCUAUCUCCAGACAGAGAGCAGGGACGUACGAAUGCACAGCUGUCAACGAUAUUGACACAGAUGUUCAGACUGUCGACAUCACCGUCAACUAUGCUCCAACCGUGUCAGAGGGCAGAGAUGUUGGAGUGACUCUGGGCCAAAGAGGAGUGCUGGAGUGUGAGGCUGAUGCAGUGCCUGAGGCAGAUUUUGAGUGGUAUAAAGAUGACAGAAGGAUCUUCAAUGGCUUUGACGGCAUGGAGAUUGUGAACACUGGAUCACUGUCCAAGCUGACAUUUUUUAACGUGUCUGACGGAGAUUACGGGAACUACACCUGUGUUGCCAUCAACAAACUUGGGAGCUCAAACACAAGCUUCCUUCUGUAUGUGGUAAUUGAACCCACUAGCUCAACGCUAUUGCAAGGGCCGAGAGCAGUUCAGGAUGGUAGCGGCGGCGCGAUGGGAGUGCACUCACACACCUGUCUCCUCUUCAUAGUGUUUCUGCCAUUCCUGCUCAGGUUUUGAAGAGGAAUGGAUUUGAACACGAGUGAUGUGUGUGUGUGUGUGUGUGUGUGUGUGUGUGUGUGUGUGUGUGUGUGUGUGUGUGUGUGUG